AAAUGACGGCUAUUGCUUGCUGGGUGAAACACCGUUUUAUUGGUUAUAGUAUGUCCUAAAGCAAACAGUGCAGAGAUGAAAGAGGGUGGAGACUUUCUCCAAGUCCAUAAGCGACUGCACAUAAACUGGUCUCUAAACUGCAGAACCAUGUUGGUUUCAAAACAGCUCUACAUUUCGCCCGGGGGAUUUUAAACUCCCUGCAGCACAAGGGGGCUCGUUGCUUGAAGCUGCAAAACGAAAGUAUGUAGCAGACCAAGACGAGGCGGCUGAAAGCAAGGCAAAGCGUCGUGGCUUAUGGAGCUGAACUCUGAUGGUUAACAAAGCAGCGUAAUGAGUGGGAAAGUCUGGACAUUGAUCACUGCAGUUUCAUUCAUCACAUAUAUUCAUGAUGUCCAAUCUGGGUGUAUGCAGCACGAUGUUAAAGCACAUCUGGAUGACCUGUUGUUGGAAGAGCAUGUGUUUGAGAUUAAGGUGUUCUCACCUGAAACGAAGGAACACAAGCUUCUAUCAGUAAUAAACACCUUGUGUUCAACCUGGACUAAUAACAAAUUUAAGGACAUGAAUAAAUUAAAAGUGCUAGAAACCUUUCAAAUAAUGCUAUAUAAUCUAGACAAAAAUUUUACAGACUCUUGUGCUAAUCUCAAUUGCACAGAUGCGUACACAGUACGCCGCAUUGACACAAACACUUUUGGAGAAAUGUACAAAAGAUCUUGUGAUGGAUCAGUAUCAGACCUGAAAUGUCCAUCAAAGAGUACAACCAUCAACCCAACCACUGAAUUCAGCUCAGCAUUUUUAACGACGGUCAGUUUAAUCACCACAGAUCAUGAAAGCACAACAGCUUUAACAACGGUCAGCCAAAACAUCACUGCUUCUGAAAAUUUGACAGCAGUUUCAUCGGCACGUACAGAAACCAUCAGUAAGUUUGUCUCUUGUGAGAGCAGCUUCAUCUGUAAUGAGCAGCAUAAUGGCUUCAGCAUACACGCAGUGGUCUGUUUCAUAUUGUGCAUUUAGAAACGUUCAGCACCAGUGCAGUGUCUUUAUUUCAGUUAUCU